AUGCCCGCCACAGCAGCAGCAGCCCACAAGAGGCGUCGUCAACGAUCCGGCAAGAAUCGCCUGGCCGUCGGCCUCGUCGCCGUCCUGGCCGCUCUCACCACUCCAGCCCUCGCAUACGCCGACGUCGGCAACAGCAAUGCCCCUCUGCCUCCCGACAUCACCCCCGCCGCCGAGGUGGCCGCCAUGGUCGACAUGCGCUUCGCCAUCGAGGGCAGCGUACCGCCCGUGACCGCUCCCACCCAGACGCAUGUCCCGGGCAGCUCCGCGCGGGAGCUGCGCAUGCGUCGAUCGCGUAGCCAUGUUCACCUGCACAGCAAGAGGCAGGAGGGCGGGGACGGGGACGGGGACGGGACCUCAAAAGAGGAGACGAGCAGCAAUAACAGCAGCAACAACAACAACAACGACAACAAGGAGGAGAAGGAGGAGAAGGAGACGUCAAAAAAGGAAACCAGCAACGACGACGACGACGACGACAGCGACGACAGCAAAAGUCAAGAUGAUGGCAGUGCCAGACCAACGGCAAACUAUGUCAAGGCAACCACCAACCAAGAACAGGAACAGGAACAAGACCAAGACCGAGACCAAGAUGAGAGCAGCAGCAGCAGCAGCAGCAGCAAGACUGCCACGAAGACGAAGGAGGAGGCGACGGCAUCGGGGACGGAAAGGGCCAAGACCACGGCCGAUGCUGCCAUCACCGCUACCGACGACGAUUCCGACGACGACGGCACCACCAGGACCCUGUCGGGAGGGCUGGGAAGCGUAGGGACGGAGUCGCUGUCGCGCGCCACGUCCACGGCCACGGCCACGGCCACGGCCACCACCAGCCGCAGCGGGAGCACGCAGUCUCCCCUCCCCGUGCCGUUCGACAUGACGCCCACAUCCGCGUUCAGGCUGUCGGACGGCGACGACACAUGUCCCGACUUCGUCAGCUCUCUCCUCCGCAACGAGACAUUUGCCAACUGCUAUCCUCUCUCCAUGAUGGUCUUUUCCUCGCAAAGCUUCUUCAACGCCAAGAGGGAGAUGACGAGCAUGGUGCGCGUCCUGGACUCUACGUGCGCGGCAGACGUGGACUCGUGCUCCGACUUCAUGGCCGCUUCGGCGCAGAACCUGACAGCCUCGGAAAACUGCGGCGACGAGUUCGACGACGGCCUCAGCCUGGUCAUGCAGGUCUACAACGGCCUGCUCAACUACCGCACCAUGUACACGGCCACGUGCCUGCAGGACCCGGACAGCGACCAGUACUGCUACGCGGGGGCCGUGACCAACACCACCUCGGCCUCGGACAGCUACAUCUACUACCUGCCCUACAACCUCAGCCUGUCCGCCUCGACCACGCCCUCGUGCAGCUGGUGCAACGGCCGGACCAUGGACGUCUUCCACGCCGCCUCGUCCGACCGCGACCUGCUCAUCUCCGAGACGUACGUCGGCGCAGCCAGGAUCUUUGACAACUGGUGCGACCCGGACUUCGUAAACGCCACGCUGCCUAACCCCAACGAGACGUCCAUCUCUGUCCGCGGUGCUGUCCUGCCUUUCUGGUCUGCACUUGCUGCUGCUGCCGCUGUCAUGUUUUCAUUGCUGUAG